UUAAUCUGACACAAAAUCAUUGUUUGUUUUUUCAGUGUAAACAUUUCUCACACGUCGUUUUUUGUUUCUACCCAGAAUCCUCAUCCCCCAAACAAAUGGAUGAUGAGCAGGAGUUGGCUAGCAUUGAGAAGCUGCGUGUUCAAUUUGAGGAACACAAAUUGCACUGCGAGCUGCAACGGGAGGAGCACAUCAAGCUAAUUGGACACUUUAAGCUGGAAUCUGCCAUGAAUGAGUUAAACUCGAAUAUGAAGGAACUGCGCCUAGGAAUGAAUCAGCUGCAUCAACUGCAGAGUGACUUGAGCUGCUGGACUAAUGUCGAUGCCAUCGAGGACUUGCCAUCCAGCAUCAGCAGCGAGAGCAUCGAGGAGCAGCCACUGAAGGUACCUAACUGCUCGUCUAGUUCAAUUGAGAUGCCUUCUAGGCAGCUGGAAGAGCUGAAGAAGCUGCCAUUAGUGGACCGAGACCAACUCGUGAUUAGCUGCGACUCGCGUCCAUGUCUCUUUGCCAACUGUCGCAAGCGCGUGGACAGUCAGCUGCUGUUGCUGCACUACGUCAGCGACCACAGCAACGCUGAUGAUGCCUGCAACUUUCUGCACUCUCACAAGCUGUGGCAGGAUCAGCACGUGGUGCUAUCCUUUGACCCCAGGCGCUGUGAGCUACAGCAGCAGCAAGUUAUCGGGUUGCUCGACUACACUGGCUUCAAUUUGCCAGCUUGCAGUGGGAUUUUCAGCAGUUUUCUCAGCCAGGAAUUGGGUCAACUGCAUGGCAAUGUGCAGAUUGUGGUAUUGAUGUGCAAGACUUCAACUCAUCUGCUGGCAGAUGCCAGACAUCAAGUGUUUGUCAUCUGGCUGGUGACGCCGCAGCAUCAGUUACAACUGAAAGCUUCUCUGCGUCUCUGUGGACGCGAUGCAGCUGUCCAGGCGAGCAGCACAGUGAAUGUGCGGCCAGUGCAGGAUUGCCCGACGACGUCUGAGUUUUUGGCCGUGGAUGGCGAUUAUUGGCGCUUGUCGCAUGACGAAAUACAAAAGAUAUCGAAUGACUUUCGUGAUGAACUGCAUCUAGAUGUUGUCAUUGCUCAGCACUCCACUCCAUGCAGUGCAAUUUGUUGAAUAAAUUUGAAUAAAUACUUA